AAUGGAUUCCCACAGGCGGCAAUGCUAACUUGAGUAGCCGUGUUUUGUUUAGCAUCAUUGUAAACCAUGAAGCUUGAACUGACGCCGGAAUGUACUGGUGUAUAUAAAAGAACUGGGUUUAGUGCAAACAAUGCAGGGAUAUCUAAAGAUGGCCAGAUUAGGUGGGUUUAUAGUGAAGGAUUGCUAGAAGUAAAUUUAACCCAGACCAAUGAAGUUCUAGCCACUUGGAGGUUUGGUAAAGUUCUGAAAGAUGUAAACACAACCAUCACAUGUGUGACGGAUCUGAAGUGCCAGGCGGGGUAUCUCCUGCUUGUGGCCACAUCAAACUACACAGACAAAGGGACACUCUGUAUCUUCAGUGUUGGGUCUCGUAAAGUUAUUCAGGCCCUUGAGUUUCCUCGAAAGAUUACUGCUAUUGAGGUUUUGUUUACAAAUACAACUGAAGAUGUUCCUAGAUGGGUGUUAAGCCAACAUCUUCAGUUUUUUUCUGGACUUGCUGCUGUUGGAACUGAGGCGGGUUACAUCUAUUUAGUUGAUUUGUGCUUAGAUGAACUUGCUAAAAAGCAGUCGACAGAGGCAGGACCUAAACAGCUGUUCUUCGCCAGUCCUCAAAUGUUAGAUCCUAAGGCAACACGAGAGAAAGCAAGUAACUGUAACAAGAUUACUGCUUUGUUUUUAAAUAAUCUGAGUCACAAAGAUGGAUGCUUUUAUAAUAUAAGACAGGAUAAUACAGUUGACAAGGUGUUUGACGAAGAAAAUGUGAUUGUGACCAGCCUAAAAUACAUGGAACAAGCUGGGAUUCUUGCUGUUGGUUUUAAUUAUGGCUUUUUUCAGCUUUGGAAACUGUUUAAUCCUGUUCUAGAUUACAGCUCUCGUUACCAUCCUGAUAAUUCUGUUGUGUCUAACUUUAUUGUUCAAGAACCUGAAAAUGAUCCUCGUAACUAUGUUUACUUGUGGGUGGUCUAUAGUGACACGCAAGGAAUAAACAUGGCUCGAGUUUGCUUGUAUCAGCUUAACUUUCUCAAAAAAGCUGUGUAUGCCAACUUUGGCAUGUAUUAUGAUGAGUUGGACACUGUUGGAGCCAGACUGGAUCAUAAGCUGACAAUAGAUCCUUACAGUAGUGACCUGAACUCCACCUGGAGAAGUAGUCUCAUCUGUUGCAGUGCCAUUCGUAAUCCAUACUACACACCUCCUCCCUUGUUGUCUGAAUCAUUUGAAGAAAGCCUUCAUAGCAAUGAUCUCAGUCUUGGUGUGUUUGUGUGGAGGGCAGAAAGUGCACAAGGUGGGCGUUCUACAAAGCAUUGGAUGUGUAUAUUUGACCUCAACAGAUGGUACCAUGCCCAAAUGCCCGCUUCUAUUAGGUGCCAUGGUGGCUCACUUCAAGUCUGCCCCUACUGGGCUGUGUAUUGUCUGGAUGACAUCCUUGCUCAGACCUCUUUACAUACUCUUCUGAAUGUGGAGAUCGGUGGUGACAAAGUGAUGAGGUUUAUAAAGAAUUCACCAUUGCCACCAGAGGAACAUAGUUUUUCUACUGCAUUACAGCUCACCAGUGUUCAAUUGAUCACCUCUAACAGCUAUAUCAAAGCACGAUGUGAUGGUUGGCAGGGACAGUUGCUGCGUCAGUUUGUGAAGGACGGUGUUCAGUUCCUGGUCCGGCCUGCAGAUUUUUAUCACCAGUGUUUAAGAGCAAGGCUUUUGCCUCAGAAUUAUGAAGAAAGCAAGAAUAUUGAAGCUGAAUAUCAAAGGAAAAUGCUGUUGAAUAUGGCCUUGGAGCACGGAAUUACAUCAACACUGAUUCCUGCGUGUAUUGAAAACUGGGCAGAUGGGGAGUUUGCUGAACAUGGCUGCAGCCUAACUCUAAUACUCAACUGGGCAUGGGAUAGGGUUGUUAGCAUUAAAAGCUCCCUAGAUAAUGUCUGUGAAGUCCUGUAUGACUGGUCAGGCCACCAGAUAGACACCAGGACAGACUGGCAACUGGAGUCCCUAACAGAAUUGUUGGCACAUCUGAAACAAGUCUUUUCUCUGCUCAGUACUCAGUCAAGUCCCACCACAGAGAGAGGUCAGCUGGAGCUAGAGAUCAGAAAAGAUACAGUGGACAUUUUACUGCAGCAUUAUCAGGUGGUCCGAUGGUGCAUCUCAAGUCAACUGCUCCCAGAGGCCGACUAUAUGAGUGAUCACAGUGUCGGUGUCUUUCCUUACCCUAUCUAUGACCUGGGGGACUUGUACAACAAAAGACGUGCUGAGCUCAGCUCUAUGAAAGGUGUUGUGGAUGGUCUAAGCCUGCUGUUGAUUGAUGACCUGGUGACCUGUCAGGGACCAACUGUGAAGAGAAUUUGGGAGAACCUGGGAGGCAAUGGUCUCUACCCUCCCCCUAGCAUGCAGGGUCUGCUAAACAUUUACCUGAUAGAUGAAAUCAGCACGGACUUGAAGCAUGCCAUCACAUUGUACCUGCUGCAAGAUCUGGCUGCAUUAGACAGAUCAGACUCCAGUGCAAGUAAAGUAGCCAGCUUUAUCCAACGCUUUCAGCUGAGUCCUGGCCUAGUGCAUGAAGUCCAGGGCAUAUGGUUUAUUGAUCACAGAGAUAUUGAGGAAGGGGUGAGGCACCUGGUCAAUCCAAACAUCCAUGAAGAUGGGUGUGGCAGCUGGAAACAUGCUGCUGUGGUCAACACCCUACUGGCCCAAGGUGAGGGCAAGGCUGCCACACGCUACCUGCACACUAAAGGUGUGCUUGGGGCUACACCACAAGAACAACAGCUGUACAUUUCUGUGCUCCUUAACAAUAGACAAGUAAGCCAAGCUAUAGAGUAUUUAAGAGGCUGUCAAAAUAAAAGCAAUUUUGAAAAGUUGAUGAGUCAUCUUUUAAAAGAUUGCCAAAACAACAAACUGCUAGGCCAGUUGUUGCAACAAACCUUGACAGACAAGGAGGAACACUUUUUAGAGCAUUACCUGCAACAGCGAGGAGAGCCCCAUGCUCUGGAACCACUGUUGUUGUACUACCUUCACCAUUCCAGAUUCCUGCAAGCUUUUCAGCUCAACGAAAGUAUGAAAAGAAUGGAUAAGUUAGAGACCAGCCCUGUGGCUCAAGAAAGAGCAGCGACUAGAAACAGAUUAAUGGAGGCUUAUCUCCGAGCCUUACCUGAUGUCACAAGAAAGCUGUUAAUGGAGAAAAUAAAAGGCACUACAAUAUCAGCUGUCAAAAGAUUUGAAUAUGCAAGACCAAGACCCUUGUCAACCAUGGUGAGGAAUGUUGACCAGACAGCAAUGUCACGCUCACACUUUGUAAUGGCUGUCAUAGAGAAAGUGAAGGAGGCUAAUCAGAUGCUAAAUGCAGACUCUAUGGAAACAGAGAAAGAUCAGCCCCAUGAAAACACAGGAAUAGACGAUCUUCCUUUGCUUAUGACACCAAGACCCUCGAAAGCUACAUCUCAAUUAAGAAGUUUUGAGGUCUUAUGCCCUGAAUCUAAGCUGUCACCACUAACCACUAAUGCACUAUCUGUUGUGAAGAGAAAAGCUCUGGAAAACAGUGCAGUAAAUGGCAAUGCAAGUCUCAGACAGCUGACUUUGGAUUGCCUUCAAGUUCUCCAAACUCCAACAAAAAGCCAGAAGAAGACUGGCAGUCCUGCUACAUUAAGCUCAGGGCUACAGAUCAAAACACCACAGUCUAUCCUCAAAGUUAAAAAUUUGAGCAAAACUCAGCCAGCAAGCGCUAGAGAGACGACUAGUUUAAAAAGAUCCUCCGGUUCUCGAGGUAAAAGAUUCAGUUUCUCCAAGCCAGACACUACCCUCAGCACUGUGGCCCCCUUAUCUCAAGCACAUGUAGACUUUGUUUCCAGCCCUCAGACCACUGGUCUUGGGUUACCUACACACACUCCCAAGCACUUGCGCUUUGUUGGCAUAUCACCAUCCCCAUCUCCUAGAAACUUGCCAUCAGAAUUGGAGAAUUCAAAGAGUGUAAAGCUGAGAGAUAGCUCAGUGACACCACCCAUCCUUAGAGAAGACUCAGUAACACCAGAUCGUGAGCCUGUUCAGGAUUCAGAAGGGAUGGAAACAGAUGACAAUGUGGAGAAAAUUAUCUCCCCUAUUAGAUCAGAAGAUGAGUCCAUGAAUGAAGAUGAAACAGAUCUAUCUAAGAACCACGCCCCUUUGCUUGAUGGUCAAGGAUCUGUUCAAGUGGAACAACUAUCUUUUACUGAGGGGCCAGAUAACAGAUAUACAGAUCAAAUCCAUGGUCUGAUCCGACCUGACCUCCAGUCACCAUGGAAACACCAACUGGCAGAGGGUGAAAAUUCAGAGUUUAUUGUAGAUGAAGAGGUUACAUUUAAAUUCCCUCAAGCUGAAAACAAAAAGCCUGAGCAAGCGACUCUAACACCAUCAAUGACAUCAUCCCCCAUAGAGUCAACCUUUCACACCCCUCCCAGUGACAAGCCCAAGUCUUCAGAUGACAUGAUAGAUAACAGAACCAGCAGCAUGCAGAGCUCUGUGGCUGAGGUUGACAAGAAUAGCACGGCUUCCCACAUUCAACACUCAUCAAGGCGUACAGAGCUGCUUGUGGAUGUUAGCCAGAGGUCCCCUGAGGCCAGGCAGCAUGGAGAAGACUCGCCUCCAGCCACACCCCCUCUCAGCAAAAGGGCAAAACUCAUGGUGAAGAAACGUGUUGACCUGGAACUUUAUAAGAAAAUGUUACAGUACUCAGAAACCACAGAAAGUCAAGAACCUAAAAAAGAGAGCAGGGGUGAUGACAGGGGUCUCUCUACACAAGCUUCUCCCCCCAAGAGUAGAGUCAGUGAAGAGUCUGAUGAUUCUAAAGCCAAGACCCCGCUUAGAAGAAAAACACCUGAACGAAAAUCACCGUCUAGACAAGUGCAGAAAUCUACAAGUGAAUUGUCCAGCCAAGAAGCAGAGGACAUGCCCGAGGAAGCCUUACCCUCCACUCCACCAAAAUCCCUGCGGCGAACACCAGAGAGAAGGUCACCUUCCAGAAGGUCUAAAAAAGUGUCUGAGACAGAAAAAAUGGAGCAAGAUGCUAGUGUUAAAUUAUCUGAGGAGGAACCUACCCCAGCAUUGGCUCCCAGACAUGAAAAGAAAUCUUCCGCUUCAAAGACACAGUUAGAUCUGAAAGGCUCAAGCUCAGAAACAUUUUCUGCAGUAGAGGAUGCUGACAUUUCUAGAGACGUCUCACUAGAGAGGGCGUCGCAACGACGCAAGUCUGCCAGACUUAAAACACCAGAUCUUACUGAAGCAUCAGGUGUAGAGCCAGUGUCACCGUCCAGAACCAGGGGAUUGAGAAGUGCAACACCCCAGAGGGCUGUGACGCCACAGCGGGCCGUAACACCCCAGAGGGCUGUGACUCCUCAAAGGGCAGUGACUCCACCGAGGGCUAUGACACCGCCAAGAGUUGCAGGUGAUCUUGUGGAGAACAGAGAAGGAGACAAUAAAUCAUCACCUGGUCGAAAGUCUAAAAGAAAACGGGACGACUCAGAAGGUCCUAUCACGGAUGCUACUUCCCAGCUACAAACACAAGAGCACAAAGAAAUAGAAGAUCAAGAAGAAAGCUUUGGAAGAAAGUUGAGAAAUCGAUCAAAAACACCUGACAGAGUUGCACCCCUGUCAGCUGUUUGUCCGUCUACUCCUACAAGACAGUCGAGGAGACUGGCUAAGUCUCCUGAAAAGCCUAACACUGCAGACGUUGAACCAGUUGCAGUGAACGUCUCUCCGAGCCAACAGCCUGAUAAAAGUGAUACGGAAGACACAAAGUCUGUUGCUGGUCCAUCUAGAAAAUCAACCCGCAAGCCUAAAUCUCCUGAAAAGUUAAGCACAGUUGAGAUUGAAUCUAUUGUUACACCAGUUGUUUCCCCAAAAAGAUCUGUAACUACAAGGAAGCAGAAGGCACUAACGGAGAAAACCCCUGAAAGGACAGUGACAGAAGAGGGAGACGAAACACUCACCACUAAAAGUACAAGGAAGGCAAAGUCUCUUGAGCCAGCACUACCAGCACGCACAACACGUAGUAAAAAAACUCCUGAUCGAAAAAUUGUUGAAGAACCGGCUACAGAGUCAGCACCACCUGAAGAUAAAGAGGAGGCUCUACCUGUUAGAACCAGAGCAAGGUCUAAGUCCCCAGCUAGGACACAGCAGAGUGAUGAGGCAGCAAACGAAAACAAAAAUAAUAACAGGGACGAUGAGGCUGAAGAGGUGUGGGGUGAAGAGAUGCCUCCUCUGAGGUUUGAAGUGGAGGACGAGGUGGAGAUUGUAGACAAAACCCAGGGGAAGACUAUGAUUGCAGGUGAAAGUAAACCCCUUGGAGCUGCUCAUACGCCUAAAAAGAUGGGCUCUGCACAGGACUUCACAAAAGAGAUGAGUCCUUCCUUCACCUUUUCCCUGCCCAUCAAGCACAAUGUAAAAGAGCAGGAUGUGAGAAAGUCAGCCAGUGAAGUGCCAGAAGAACCUGAAGUGAAGGAGCACACUUUUGUUUUCUCUCAGCCUACCAUAGCUGUGGACCAGGAAGAGGAGGUGCUAGAGGUCAAGUCCACAGAAGAAAAGCCACCAGAAGAAGAAAGUAAUCCCAGUGAAAAGACUAAGCAAAGACAAACUAGAAAAAAGAAGCGCACGUUAUACAGUGGUAGCCCUUUACUUUUGUCUCCUGAUUCUGGAAGUCCCACAAGAUCCCUUAGAAAACAGCCAAGUGAAACACAGCGAGCAUCAGCCAGCAUCUUGCGUAGAUACAAACCCCGAGUACCCCGCACCAGAAGAAUCAAGCCCUCCAAACAGACCUCGCCCUCACAGACUUCUUCAAGACAGUAAACAAUACUGAAACAAAAAGACCAGCUUAGAUUAGAUCAUUCCAGAUGUUUUUUAAGGCAAGUUUUGCAGCGACCUGGAUCAUGUUAAAUACAAGAUAAAAUGUUUUUUAUGUUUGCAACUUCCAAACAGAUUGGGCAUUCAUUGAAUUUUAAAAAUGUGUUUGUUGUUUUCAUGUUUGAGGAGCAAAAAUCAAGCUGAUGUGCAUUCAUUUUUCUAAUGCUGACAAUUUUGUAUAGUUGUAUACGUUAAGAUUUAUCUUAAUAAUUUUGUCAUGAAAAAGUAUAUCAUUUAGUGCUUGUGUACUUUGUUGUUUGUUUGUUGUUUUUUUUAUUGGUUGUAGGUUGUUUGUUUAAAUGCUGCUAGAUACAUCCAGGUUUUGUAUAAGAUAAACUGAAGUCAGGAUGAGUGAACAUUAUAUGUAAAAGAUUUAGAACCUGUAUGACAUUGUGUUUGCUUGUAAAAUUAAUGUGAUGUCUGAAAAAUAAAUUUAAGUUGAUCGCUAAAAUAUUUAUCUGAUUGUUUGUGAAGAGUUGUUUAUAUCAGUGUGUAGAGGCUGUAUGGUGUCUUAUAACUGUUGUUCGCAGUGGUGUGGCAGGAUUUUUUAAGAGGGGGGAGUAUAAACAAAAAUGGGACAUAUAUUUUCAAUAGAAAUUUUAAGAACUUUAACUUUCUGGCUUUAGAAAUUUUUAAAAUUUUAAGAAACAACCCUGUUGGCAUGAAUAGCUGUAAUCAGUGAUAUGGUAGGUCGGGUGUCACCCAGUGCGGCACCUCAUGGUGUCGCCCACCCUUUUUUUUUCUCUGUAAAUUUUGCAGUUUGUGUGGCCUAGCUGUAGAGUGCUAGACUGUUAACCUGAAAGACUUGUUUAAAUCUGUGUUCAAUAACAUCCCUGAGUCGACCCACUCUGAUAGGUGCCUAACUCACGUUAGGGAAAGUAAGGGUGCUGGGCAUAGAGCUGAUCACACUAUCCCUUCAUAUGCCAAGGUCACAGAAACAGGUAAACUCUACUUGCCUCGUGGACUGUCAGGUUCGGAAAGGGAACUUUACUUUUACUAUUGAAGUUAACUUUUAAAAUUUUAAAACUUACUAACAAGAUAUGUUUUGUUCUUUUGAUCAAAUGAACUACAGAUUUAGACUUGGGUAUGAUCCUGUAUUUAUUCAUGAAAUAUUGAGUAAGUAAAGCUGGUUGUUUUUGAGUAAUGUAUUUAAAACAUAAGUGUUGAGAAUCUGGCUAUCGUUGAGUAAAAUUACACUAGACCGGUAGGUCAGCAUCUUAUCCUUAGGCAGGUCUGAAGGGGAAUGAAAAAUGUCUGAUUGAAUUUUUAUCAAGAUGUAGACAAAUCGUUUGCAUAUUUGUAGCAAUGCGUGGAUCUUGUGAGGAAUUAACUUAAUGACCAAAAUAAUGUUUAGAUCCUUUGUCAAAAAUAAAACUUGGACUGGAACUACUAAUGA